CAUAGUUCGUCCGAUAUGUCAAGUCUUCAUAACAACGCUGCCCUGCGAAAAGGGACAAACAGCUGCACAGAGUGCAGACGUCGGAAAGUGCGUUGCGUCCGGCUUUUCGAGGGCUCAGCCUCGUGUCGACAGUGCGAAGAGCGAGGCUCAGCGUGUAUGGCACAGACAUCGGCCCACAGACCAUCACGCACACCACGACUACCCUCGCGAUACCGGAUCUCCCAGCUGGAGUCGCAGGUCUCUCAACUCACACGAAUUGUCCACAGUCUGGAAUCCAAGAUCGGAGGCCAGCCGACUCACAUUAACCGCACACCAGGCGACGACAAGAGCGACGAUGUUCAGGAUGAUUCCGGUGCGGAGAGCAGUGCAUCGGAGGUCCUCAUGGCAGAUCAGCCAUCGCACUUGCGUUCGCUGUUCCAAAACGAGUGGCUUAGCGUUGACACCCGCCGCGAUGAGACCCAACUCCAGGAGCGGAGGAAGAAAGACUCCGACUUGUUGGAACUCGCACGGCCGAGAUUGCAGAGCCUGAUUCCCUCUCGAGAGGAGGUUUCCGAAAUUACGAGCUUCGCCUACGACUGGCUUACCAUAUUCCAAGCGAUCCUGCCGCAGCCGUUUACGGUCGAGUCGCGGCAGGAAGUCCUAGAUCGCUACGAAGAGAUGUGCAGGCCCGACGUGGAUGUCAUUGACUUGGCUUUAUGGCUUUUGACUAUUGCUAUCACUGCUCAGCAGAUUCCACAGGGGCCGAUGAGCCCUGAGGUCCAGUUUCAGAUGUACCGCAAUCAUAUCGAAUUGUGUCGGCAGAUCAUCAACACGGUGGAGGACACGCUGCUCUGCCAUGAUCGGUUGCUGGGGACUGUCAAAGGUUUGGGGAUGGUGGUUCAUAUUCUUCGUCUCCGAAUCGGACAAGGAAGUUUCCAAAAAGGCUGGAUACGACUUCGUCAUGCGAUCGCAUUGGCCGAGCUCAUGGGCCUGCCUAAACUGUACAAAGCAGUGAAACUGAACAGGCUUAGUGAAGUAGAUGCAAUGUCGCAACAUGCAGCACAGCUGUGGGAAUUGAUCUGCAAUGUGGAUAGACUGUUCGGGAUGAUCUUAAAUCUACCCCCAGCUACCCGACGCUACCAGCUGACAGUCACAGACCCACUGGUCACGGACGGCAUUGUCAACACUCGAGUAUAUCUGUGCAAGCUGCUAGACAUCGCCGCUCGAGUCUACGACAUGGACGAUAGUCUAACCCACGGGUCGGGCGGGAGCCUGCAUCUAGAGCUAGCCGGGGAGCUCAGCGCGCUCGCAUCCCAAACCCCACGGUCCUGGUGGGCGCGCGGCCCCGAUGUAAACGCCCAACCCGAAGAUUUCCUCCAGUUCAUGCACCACUCCAUCGCCAUGAGGAUCCACUUACCGCUCGCUCUACGACAAGACUCAGGCGCAGGACACAUGUACAACCGGCUAGCCUGCACAGACGCCUGCGAUUCCAUCGUCAAGAAAUACGAAUAUCUCAUCCAAACUCUGCCACCCGGGUUCUUCGUAUCGAAAAUGCUAGACCUGCACGCCUUCAUCGCGGCGGUUGUUCUUCUGCUCACAUCUCACAACUCCCCGGCAGACCGACACAGUUUUCGCAUCGAUAGCAGCCGGCUUCAGGGCGUCGCUAUGAGAGUCGCUGACCUUAUGGGUGAACGCUCCCAGAUGAAGCCUGGCUCGGACUUGGCGCGCGAGGGUCAUAAUACGCUUUGUGCCCUGAAUCGCCUUCUUCAGCAGGAUGACAGCACUAUCCGGGAUCAGGACUUGACGCUUAAGGUCCCGCUACUGGGGAAGGUCCACAUCCGCCGCAACGCGCGUCAGUCGAGUUCAGUCGAUCAACUACCGUCUCAGACGACUAUCAGGCCGGGAAUAGGAGCAGACAAUACACGUAGUCAAGAGCACAUGCUUACGCCCUCUUCGUAUCAAGCUCCGCUGGACAACAGCACAGAUACAUCCAUGCUCAAUACGGAAGUCUCACCUGACCAAAGCCAGUGGAACGGACUGUCGUGGUCGAUUGAGGAAAGCUAUGAGAACUUCUUUGAUAACUCGGCAAUGGGUCAAGAUCUGGGCGAGUCGCCGCUGUGGUGGGAUAUAGCGAAUCCUGAUGUGUUUCCUGCUUGAGGUAUGAAUCUAGUAUGGUAUUGAUAAGAGAUUGUUGUCAUUGAGUGUCUUUUUUGGUAUGAG